UAGCUGCCGGAAAAAAAAAACUCGGAAGUUAUAAGACCAUUCACUUUUCACUCCACUAUUUUGAUCUGACAGUUCUUCUAUCGCAGAAUUUGGGGAUUUUAAAUAAAAUUCCGCCAAAUCGAAAACCCUAAUUUCUGUCCUCUUCAACCUCGAUUUUUCCUUCCUACUGUACUGUUGUUCUUAGCUCUCUAAAGACGAAUCGGAAAAAAAAAACCUAGAUGAAUCCAUUAACGUUAGUGAAGAGAAUUCAGAGCAUUAAUGCAAAAGAAGCAGAUUUAGGGAUUUCAGAUGAAGCUUCAUGGCACGCAAAAUACAAGGAUUCUGCUUAUGUUUUCGUUGGCGGCAUUCCUUACGAUCUCACUGAAGGCGAUCUUCUUGCUGUCUUUGCUCAAUAUGGCGAAAUGGUGGAUGUUAAUCUUGUUAGAGAUAAGGCUACUGGAAAAUCCAAAGGUUUUGCAUUUGUGGCGUAUGAGGAUCAAAGAAGCACAACUCUAGCUGUAGAUAAUUUGAAUGGUGCUCAGUUAGGUGGUAGAACUAUUAGGGUUGAUCAUGUUGCUAAGUAUAAAAAGAAAGAAGAGGAGGACGAAGAGACGGAGAGACAGAAGAGGGAAGAACGAGGUGUUUGUCGUGCUUUUCAGAAAGGCGAGUGUAAAUAUGGCGAUUCGUGUAAAUUCUCCCAUGAUGAACAGAGAGCUGCAAACACUGGAUGGGGUCUUGAGGAGGAUAGAAAAGCAAAGUGGGCAAAUGACAAAUUUGACAAUCGUUCAAUGGACAAUAAAAGAUCACGUGAUAUUCCACCUAGUUAUGGGACAGAGAGGAAACAACCUGAUGCUUAUGAUGGAAGAAGUUCUAGAGGAAAGAAUAACAUGGAAACUGCUCAUAAGCAAAAUGGAGCUGGUUCGAGUAAUCUUCAGGACACUAGAGACAGGGUAAAGCCAUUAGAAUAUAAAGAAGAUCGAGACAGCCGAACAUUUGAGAUAAGAUCAUCAAGGUAUGAUACUGAAUCAAAAUCUAGAGAUGAUUAUGACAGGAGGGAGGAGAAAAGGUCGAGGACGCAUACACAACCUUCUUUGAGGGACAGUCAAGAUGAAAGAGGCAAGGACAGAGACAGGAACAGGGAUAAGGAGAAGCGGUCAACCUACACAAGGGAUUCUUCACCUCAACAUCAUCAAGACAGGGAUGAUGGGGACCAUCGUCGAGCAAGACGUGAUGAGGAUCACCAUAGAUCUCGAAGAUAGAGAAGUGUUCAAUUGAUGUAUCUCUGUAAUGAAAGCGAGUAAUGUUUGUUACUUUGAUAUAUACGUUAUACAAUUGCUUGCUUAAUUAGCUUCCCCUGAAUUUUGGUAUAGUGAUUAGUGAAUGAGUUCUUUUAA